GGCCCUUUGUCCAAAUGCUGGCGCACACCGACGCUCGGCCCGGGGAAGUACCAGCGGUGCUUGCUGCAGACGGAGGAGAGCGCCCAGGGCACGUAUCCUUUGCGCCAGUCGUCCAGGCCGUGGCGCACAGCAGCACCGGCUACAUACAGCCGCUGGCGCCCCAGGAGCCGGAGCUGCCUGGAGACCAGCACGCGAACGGCCCUGCCGCCGUGGUGGGCAGAGCGGCCUACUGGGGCGCUUGGGCAGACGCCCUACACAUGCUCCACCAACGGCGCCCCGUUGAAGCUGCAGCGAUCAGGGACCUCCUCGACGGCACCAGGCCCGGCCGUAGGGGCAACCUUGCCGCAGCCGCCGCGGCCGCACAGCUGCUAGAAACCGAAGGCUUCCGGAGACCUUCCUGGACCGACCUGCUCCAGGGGCUGCGCCCAGAAGCGCCGCCGCGCUCGGAGGCCGCCGAACCGGGGGAAUGGCAGCACGGCUGGCAGUUCCACGCUUGUUCCGCACGCAACACACACUACAGGGACAACGUGUUCAUGCCCAGCCUCACCAGGGCCAACCAGGCCAUGCUAAGGUCAGGCUCAGGACCGAGGGCCGCCUACUGGCUUCACACCUUACCCACCACCGAGGGGCACGUGUUCAAGCCCGCGCGGUUCCUGGCAGCCCUGCGCCGGCGCCUCAGGCUCCCGCUGCCGCUCCUCCCGCACACCUGCGGGGCAGCCGGCCACCCAGGCUGCCGGGCCCGGCUGGACACGCUGGGAGACCACCUAGCCGCGUGCCCACGCACGGGGCUUCUCGCCAGACGCGCGAAACCGCUCGAACGAGCUUGGGCGAGGGUCGCCAGAGAAGCAGGAGGGAGAGUUGUCCCCCAACAGCUGCUGCGGGACACUAACGCCAUUGUCCACAACCCGCUGGACCGCAGACAAUUAGACCUAGUCGUCUACGGCAUCUCGCCGAACGGCGUCCCGCUGUGCUGCGACAGCACCAUGGUGUCCCCCCUCCGCAGGGACGGCUGGCACCGGCCGCGCACCUUCGACACCGACGGCGCCGCGCUACUUGGGGCCGAAAGGCGCAAACGACGCAGGUACCACGAACUCACGACCGGCCAUUCAGGCCGCCUCAUGGUCCUCUCCUGCGAGGUCGGAGGCAGGUGGGGCCGCGAUUCCCUCCAGCUGGUACGCCUGCUUGCCAAGCAGAAGGCGCGGGCCGCGCCGGCCCUCCUCCGCCGCUCCGCGGAGCUCGCGUACACCAACCGCUGGUGGGGGUUCCUGAGCGUCGCGGCCCAGGACUCGCUCAUGGCCACCCUGACGGGCGACGGCUACCUAGCCUUGGGGGGAGCCGCCGGGGAGGACGACCCAGACCUGGCCGAAGUGCUGCUCGCA